AUGGCAGAGCGUGGGAUAGUCAAGUCCGCCAUUGUGGUUGCAGAAGAAAGGAGGACACAUGUGAUCAAGAUAGAUGCGUAUUCCAAGGAGCUGCUCAAGACUGGCGAGUUUGCCACAUCUACCCCUUUCGCGGUCGGAGAUCAUGUCUGGGUUGUUAAAUAUUACCCAAAUGGUAACGGCGUGCCUGGUUACAUAUCUGUUUAUCUGGUUCUUGAAUCUGCUGAUGCCAAGGAUGUGAAGGCGAAAUUCACCUUUAGUUUACUUGACAAGGGUGGAGAACCAGUGCCUUCAUACACCAAAACUAUCACAGAACAUAUCUUCCCAAGCAAGGGUUCAGACUGGGGUUUCACUUCUUUUAUCAUGCAGAAGGAUCUCGAGGGAUCAGUGCACCUAAGAGGCGAUAGUUUCAGAAUCAGGUGUGAUGUCACUGUCGUGAAGAAGAUCCGCAGCAAAGAGACACAUGCAAACCAGUUUGUUGUGGUUCCUCCAAGCAACUUGCAUCAGCAGCUCCGUAGCCUCUUGGAAAGCAAGGAUGGAGCAGACGUGGCCUUUCGAGUCGGUGGCGAGAUAUUCUUGGCUCAUAGGUCCAUGCUCGCCGCUCGCUCACCAGUCUUCAAGGCAGAGCUCUUUGCCGCCAUGAGGGCGGAAGCCGCUGAUCCAAUCAAAAUUGAUAAUAUAGAAGCCGAUGUGUUCAAGUCCUUGCUCCAUUUCAUCUACACGGAUUCACUCCCCGAGAGCACUAAUCACUACCGGACUCGCGCCCUAUGCCUACAGCCCAGGGCCGUCGGCAUAGGUCCUUUGCCGUCGGCAUAG